UCAAUUCUCACACAUUUUGAGGCACUCUCCGUUUGGUUGCAGGCGGCUACUUCCCGUGCGACGGAAGCGCCUCCCGAGCCAGAGAGAGGAUGUCAAUGUCCUCCGCACUUAGGUACCUCACGCUGCUGUGCGGUGGCUCGAUCCAAGGUAAGUCGGGCAGGACACCAGUGAACACACUGCUAUCUGCUCUCAUCCAUCUGGAACUUUGGGCUCGAUCCCUUCGGGCUACGAACAUAGAUUGGUCGUCACCAUUGAGCUACAUGGAAACUCCCAGAAGAGAUUUUGCUAUCAACAUCCCGUGUGGUACGCACCUCUCUUGCAGGCCCAUCUUGCCUCCGUAGGACGAGUGUGCUCGAUUCGCGGGAGAAAGCAAAUGUCAGGGCAAAAGUC